UGGGCCGCCGCGGAGGCGGCGGUGAGCGCGGCGGGGCCCUUCGAGCUGCUGGUAAACAACGCGGCCGUGGCGAUGCUGCAGCCCUUCCUGCAGGUGACCCGGGAGGCCGUGGAGCGGUCUUUUGAUGUCAAUUUCCAUGCCGUGCUUCACGUUUCUCAGAUCGUUGCUCGGCAGAUGAUUGCACAGGGACUGCCAGGUGCAAUUGUGAAUGUCUCCAGCCAGGCAUCUCAGCGUGCCCUGAGGGAUCAUGCUGUUUACUGUUCUACCAAAAGUGCUUUGGAUAUGCUGAGUAAGGUAAUGGCAAUGGAACUGGGACCCCACAAGAUAAGGGUGAACACUGUGAAUCCCACAGUAGUUAUGACCGACAUGGGGAGAAUUAACUGGAGUGAUCCUCAGAAAUCUGCUGCCAUGAUUAACCGGAUUCCACUAGGAAAGUUUGCAGAGGUGGAUGAUGUGGUGAACAGCAUUCUUUUCCUGCUCAGUGACAAGAGUGCUAUGACAACUGGCAGCUCACUGAUGGUUGAUGGGGGAUUUCUCGUCUCCUAAGAUGACAUCUGCAUUUCAUACCUAGUAUAAUUUUCAUACUAGUAUUGCAUAGAUCUAAAAGGAAUAGUAAACAGUGACAAAGACCCAGUGUUGCUGGACAAGAGGGGCAGCAGAGCUAGAACCUGUUUGAGAGUUGAGGCAGAAAGUUACCUUUAGAAGGCUGCUAUAUAAUAAAGAUCACAUAUGCUGUCA